GGGACUGCCUAUUUCACAGCACCGGCCAGCUCACAUGCACAGUGCUCUGAUUUUUGCGGCAAGCACGGAUUCCAAGUUCAUGAGCCUUGUAAUUUAAGGUGGGUGUAGGUCGUGCUGGAGGCCUCAUCACAGCUGUGGCAAGGCCUAUGUUGUAUUUAAUAGUGUUUUUACGUAGUGCUAUGCAUGCAGCUGGUUGGUGCCAGGCGGGGCAGGUGCUUGCUAGUGCUGUUAUUCUUCGGGGAAUGUCAGCGUAUUAAGAUGCUCAUUUCAUUGUUUUUUAUUUUGGGUAUUCUGUGCUGACCAGAGAGAUCUGGAUGGAGCACCUCUCCUAGAAGAAAAGGCUGAGUUGGGGUGUUCAGCCUGGAGAUGACUUCAGGGAGACCUUAUUGUGGCCUUUCAGUUCUUAAAAUGGGCCUAUAGGAAAUACGGUGCUAAGCUUUUUAGCAGGACCUGUUGUGACAGGAAGAGGGGGGAUGGUUUUAAGUUAAAAAAGGGGAGAUUCAGGCUGGAUGUGAGGAAAAAAUUCUUUAUGAUGAGGGUGGUGAGACACUGGCACAGGUUGUCAGGGAGGAUGCCCCAUCCCUGGAGGCAAUCCAGGCCAGGCUGGAUGUGAUGUUGGGCAGCCUGAUCUAGUUGAAGAUGUCCCUGCUCAUGGCAGGGGUUUGGACUAGAUGGGUUGGAAGGGACCUUCGAAGCUCAAGCUACUCUAUGAUUCUAUUACUGUCAGCUCUACCAGUGGAAGCAUGUGUAUUGUACAGAAAUAUGACCUUGGGAAGAAGUGUGUGUGCCGUGUGUGCCCACUGGGUAUUUCCUUAUCACCUGGGUGGAAUUGCAAGCAAGCAGUGAAGAACCACCACCACCACAUGGAAGAGUGCUGCAACACCCUCAGCUCCUCUUGCCACCCCUGCAUGGCAACUACCUUGGCUGGGUAUGGCAACUGUGGGAGUGGGGCUGAAUGACAGAUCCUGCUUCGAGAGCUUUUAAAGCCUUCAAGUGUUUUAGUCAUCAGUAUGAUAAAGCAUUGUAAUAGCUAACAAAAUAUCAUGUAAAGUGUCAGAAUAUUUCUCAGUAUUUAAAAAGAACUGGAAUAUGACUGGCUGAUGGAGCUGGUGGUGUUCAGCCUGGAGAAGAGAAGGCUCCAGGGAGACCUUAGGGUAGCCUCCCAGUGCCUAAAGGGGGACUAGAAAUCUGGAGAUGGACUUUUCAUAAGGGCAUGUAGGGAAAGGACAAGGAGGAAUGGCUUUAAAUUGAAAGAGGAUAGGUUUAGAUUAGAUAAUGGAAAGAAAUUCUUUACUAUGAGGGUGCUGAGGCGCUGGCACAGGGUGCCCAGAGAAGCUGUGGCUGCCCCAUCCCUGGCAGUGUUCAAGGCCGGGUUGGACAGAGCCUUGGGUUACAUGGUCUAGUGUGAGGCAUCCCUGUACAUGGCAGGGGGUUAAAGCUAGGUGAUCUUAAGGUCCUUUCCAACUCAAACCGUUCUAUAAUUCUAUGAUUCUAUGGUGUGCUUUGCCUCUGUGUGCAGUACUCUAAUGGAGAUUUAGUUACUGAGUAGUCAAGUCUAUUUAGAAAGAGAUUACCAAUUUACAGGAAUUAGCAAGUCUCACUGUAGAAUACAUAAUAGCCUUACACUUCUGCCCAGUCAGGGUUUUUCCCUUUGUAUUCUUUAGACAUCUUUUUUUCGUAGUUAAACACACUGCAUUGCAAAAUCCGGGUGUGAUUCACGGCAGUGGUUAAGGCCCUUUCCAACCCUGACCAUUCUACAAUUUUAGGAUUCCUUGAUUUCAUCUUUCCUGAAAGGGAGCAGCACUCUUAAGCUAGUGGUUAGAGAAGAAUUUUUCUGGAGAACUGGCUUGAUUCAUGAGAGAAAUGAGAGUUGUUAUGAGAGUGGGAUUUCUCACGAUUACGAAACCCUCGGAGUAGGGAGAAGAUUAGAAGGGGAAAUACAUGUAACCACAGAUCCGGAUAUCACGGCUUGUGUAAGAAUUCGAUCUUAAUCUUGAAAACCAUGCUGUAAUGGUUUUAGUUGUUAAUUUAUCAGAAACUUUUGGGGGUAAACUUGUAAAAGUGCCAUUCUGUUACCUAUAAAUCAUAGUAAACUUGUACUGUAAUAAAAUUAAUGUUUUAUAUUUUUUAAUUUAUUUUUAUUUAGUUUUUCAGUUUUUUAAAGCGUCUUUUUUCUACUUGAAUCUGUGGCCAGCCUUGAGGGGUUUUUAAUACCAGGCAGGCUGUGAGCUCCACCAAAAGCAUCAGGAUUCAUUCAAGAGGUACUACUCCAACAGUUCUGAGCACCGGGGGGGGGACACAAGCUAAGUCCUGAAAAGGCAGUGCCAGCAUCCUUCACUAGUUUGUGUAAGGCACUUUCAGAGCAGGUACCUCUGAAUUUUGGUGUGAGAAGAAGUGUAUCAUUACGAGAAAAGCUGUGGCCGUAGCAAUAUGCACCCAAGUGGAAUGGGCAGUUGCUGAGCUUUGAGUGUCUCACAUCUGUUUGUGACAGUGAGCCUGCAACUCAAGAGUCACCUUGAAGGAUUUACCUGACAGUGGUAUGUCAGUAGAAACUACAGUGUAAAUGGUAACAGUAGUUUACUAACUGGAUUUCCAACUGGCGUAAUUGCCACUGUAAGUCCCCUUGCCAUACAACAGAGUCCAACAGUCACUAGUUCAAGAUUCUAAUUGACACUGCAAAAAAACUUUCUGGGUGUUGAUUUAGUAAGGGAGUCCUUUCCUGACACUGAUUUCAGAGGGUUUUAAAACUGUUUCAAGGGUCAUAUAUGGGUGGCACUGUACAUUACAUAUACGUGAGCUGGACUUACUGGUUUUCAGUUCAAGAGGGAGCUUAACAUUUCCUUUCUUUUCCCAAGUCAUGUGUAAAUGAGUAAGCGUUAACAAUUUAUUCACAACUAGUGGCAUUAUGUAUACCUGAAGGUACAUAUGUCAGAUUUUCUUCUAAGAUCAGGUGAAUGGUCUUGGAUAAGUGUGGUAGGUAUUUUACUGGGACUAUUAACAGUUUGAUUUUACUGGUGUUGAGUUCUCCAUGCUCUAACUUGUAUACGAAUGAGUACUGCAUACUGGGUGCAUGCUGAGGCUGCCUAACUGGCGGUUGCUUGGGUGCACUUAGUUUUUCUUGUAACAAUAAUCUGUAUUGAAAAGUUGGAAGGAGAGAGUCAAAUUGACUAUACCCUUACUUAUUCUAUGUAACGAAGGCUGUGCUUUUAUAACAGUUGGACAAAGCGUCAAAGAUUUGAGAUAAAGAGGGAAUGAAAAGGAAUAACAAGAGCUGCCUUAGUGAACUUUAGUCAGAAUCGGGUGACAUUUGAAAAAUGGAAGCAAAAACAUAAUAAAAGCUCACUGGUUAAGUAAGCUGGGUUGAUUUUCAUAUGAGUACUGCAUCAUCUUCUUGUAGCUGCACUGAAAGUGGAAAAGCCUUUGAAGAGACCUCCCAUCUGCUGCAGAAGCUUGCGUAGCACAGCUUUGUUGAGCUGCUCAGAAUCGUUAAAGCCAGCUGAAGAGACCAAUCACUUAAAAGUAAUGAAACACACAACACCAACUGUUGUGGUAGGAAAAGAGGGAGACCUAGACCUUAUGCUUAGAAGCACUGGGAAGGAUACGCUACAAAAGACAUUUCUGGCAUGCGUCUGCUUCACAUUUGAGUGGUUAUGGUAUGUUUUUCUUACUCCUGCAGUGGAAAUAAUUGGGGCCAGAUAUAGGCAAACUGGGCAUCCAGACUUCUCACUUGAAUAAUGCAGAGUUUACCUGCCUCUUUGCUUCAUUAUGAACGCCAAGAAACUGAAGGUUUUCCUCUUGUAUUUACCCACUGAACUGGUUUGUAAAUAAAUGAGUUUCACAAAAAUCAAUGUUUCUUCAUCAAUUUUGUAGUUGGGAACACAGAGGGAAUGAUUGAAGUGACGUACCAAAAACACCCAGGAAGUCAGGGGUUGAGUGAGGUUUGUGGGACUCUAAGCUACAUCUCUCUCCCGUAGAAGGAUGCCACAGACCUCUGGAUUUAGCCUAGGGAAUGACACCUUGGAAAAAGCUCGGAAGAUAACUUUGUGCAAGAAUAAUCCAUAUACACUUCUCAGAAUUAUUUUCAAGUUCUUACAGAAAAAUCCUUCUGUCACCAGAAUGACUUUUUGUUCCGAGUUUCUUUUGCCCGUCUCGGUGCCUCUAAUUGCAAUUGAAUGACGCUUAAAAGAAGACACAGGGUGGAUCUCUGAGGUGAUGUACCUCUAGUUAUUCUGCUUCCUGAAUUCCAAUGUGUAACAGUGUUAUCAGUAGUACAUAACAUAAUUGCUUACGUGUAAAUCCACUGAUAGGCAGAGAGGGAAACAGAUUAGAAACCAGUUCCAACCCUUAAAGAGCAGAAACCACUCUAUUUACUAAAGUCUUUCAAUAGGAGGAGUCAUGAAUUGCAGAAGCCUGUAUACAGCUUUGCUUUCUCCUUCCUACUGUGCAUGUCACUUACUUCAUUAGUGGCAUUCAGUUAGGUUAGAAACCUAGCAUGCUGAAAGGAAACAUGCAAUUUGUCACUUGUCUGUGGAUUUUACCUAUCACUUUUCUCCGUUUCCACGUGCUGAAAUUGUGUUUCUUCAUCUAUUUGAUAUCCUGGGUGAAAUCAGAUGACGAGAAAAAAUGUCCUGAAUUCACAGAUCUUAAUAUAGGCAAUGCUCUAUCUGGAACAGAACUCCAAGUUCAGUUACUGCUGUACACAAGGGAAAACCCAAAUUGUUCUGAGAGGCUCAUUGAACACAAUGUUGCUGCAUCUGAGUACCUUAAUACCUCCAAGAAAAUUGUCUUUGUUAUUCAUGGCUUCAGACUAACGGGAUCUCCACCAGCAUGGCUAGGUGAUAUAAAGGAGCUUUUACUGUCUUCAGAGGAUAUUAAUCUUAUUAUAGUUGAUUGGAAUCGUGGUGCUACAACUGUGAACUAUGUAUCUGCUGUUGACAACUGCAGAAAAGCUGCAGAAAUACUGAAGAACUAUGUUGACCAGAUGCUGGUGGAUGGAGCUUCUCUUUACUCUAUGCAUAUGAUUGGAGUUAGUCUUGGGGCUCAUAUAGCUGGUUUUGUUGGCCAAAAGUAUAAUGGCAAGCUUGGCAGGAUUACAGGUCUUGAUCCAGCAGGCCCUUUGUUCACUCGAGAGCCACCAGAAGGGAGACUGGAUCGAACUGAUGCACAGUUUGUUGAUGUAAUCCAUUCAGAUACUGAUGCGCUAGGUUUCAAGAAACCUUUAGGAACCAUUGAUUUCUAUCCAAAUGGAGGAACGGAUCAGCCUGGUUGUCCACAAACAAUAUUCAGCGGACUUCAGUAUUUUAAGUGUGACCAUCAAAGAUCCGUCUUUCUUUUCUUAUCAUCUUUGAAAAGAAGAUGCGACAUAAUAACAUAUCCUUGUGACUCUUACUUUGAUUACAAGAGAGGAAAAUGUGUUGAUUGUGAAGCUUUCCACCCAAUGUCCUGUCCAAUACUGGGUUAUUAUGCUGAUAGAUGGAAAAAAAUGUUAAUCCCAAACAGUUCACCAACAAAAGCUUAUUUUGAUACCACGGACCAAGACCCAUUCUGCAUGUAUAACUACUUACUGGAUAUUACUACCUGGAAUAAAAACAUUAGGAGAGGUUUCAUUAAAGUUAAAUUAACUGACUAUGCUGGAAACACAGUAGAAUCAGAGAUGAAUAGUGAAGCUUCAACAUUUCAGCAAUAUAAAAGAGUCAAAAUACUAACUGGAUUUUACCAAGACCUUGACAAAAUAUCAAAAAUGUCCUUGACCUUUUCUACGAAGACCGUAAUAGGACCAAAACACAAGCUUAGGGUUCUCCAGAUGAGGCUGAAAUCUCUCAAUAAUCCAGAAAGGCUGCAGCUGUGCAGAUAUGAUUUGGUACUGAUGGAGAACACUGAAGUGACCUUCAAACCUAUCCCUUGCCUAGAGAAGGCUACAUGAAGAGAGCUUCUAUUAACCUAAUUUCUCUUGCAGCAGUGACAUUUUGAUUCUUCCUCAGGAUAAGGACUGCAAUGAGAAAGGGAAUGAGAUAAGCUAGAUUUAUUUUCAGGAUCUAGCUGGUAAUAUGCAUUACUUGCUUUGAGUGCCUAAGGGUGAAAUGAAUUUAAAAGUUCACGUAUCUAUGUAUUUGGGAAAUUUGAAUAAAGUAAAGGUACCGUGGUGGAUAACAUGCAGUGGUCUAUUUAUUACUGUUUGUUAGCAGUGAAGCUAACAUAUGAAUUAUCUGUAUGAUCCUGGCACAUUAUUUGUCAAUUCAUACAUAUAUUUAAUUAUUUAUUAUUUGUAAUGGCUUUUAUAUGGAAACAUAGUUAUCUGUCUACAAGUGAAUUUAAUAUACUGUACAUGUGAUCUACAGACCUAAUACACAACAGUUUUGUUGUGCUGUGCUGGUUGGAUAAAUGAAUUCACAAUUUCUUAUUAUAUAAUGUCUGUCUCAGAACUGGAACAAGAAGAUUUGUGAGUACAUAUAUAAUUUUUCUAUUUAAAUCAAUUAUAUGAGCUUUAUGCUUAUCAUAGAUGAGUAUCAUUGCAACCAUUCAGAUAUUUUUGUAUCAAAGCUAUGGACAGGGCAGCAAUGUUUCAGAUCUGAAAUAAUUCUAAAAGUCUAUUCUGAAAAGAUGAACUUAAAGAUUAAAUAAAUGCAUUUUCAUUCAAUUUC